GUAUACUCUCCAUCUUAUCAACCUGGCCCCCAUUCAUCACCCCAGCAGCCAUAUCCACCUCAGUACCAGUCUCCUGGCCAUGGUUACCCAGGUCAGUCAAACUGGGGGUCACAAGGUUAUCCUGGGUACUAUCAGGGUCAGAUUGGGACACACAGUUCUUCAGGAAAUGCAGUAAAACUGCCAACUGGACCAGUGCAGUCCCAGUUUAAUCAGACAAACACAGCUUAUGGACAGCAUGGUAACACUUUGACCAGCACCCCCAUAACGAGUAAUUCUCCUUGUUUCCAAGGAUCAACUAAUACAUUAUCUGCACAGGUACAAUCAGCAGCUGAAAUUUCCUCCCAGCCACAGACAGAGCCUAAAGCUAUUGUUACAGAGUUAGACACAUCCCCACCAGUCUGUAGUGAAUCAUCAGCUGUCCAGUUGUCAGAAACACAGGCUCUGGUUAAAAGAAAUCUACCAGCUGAUUCAAAGUGUGGGGGGUUCAAGUCUCCCCAACCACCUAGCACUAGCCCCAUGCUGCCAAAAAGUCACUUUGACUUUAACAAACAGAUGACGCCUUCGAGUACUUGCCCAUCUUCUCCUAAUGUUUGUGGAUCACCUUCAACAUCUGGUGGUGGAUCUUCACAGUUGAAAUUAUUAGACCAGAACAUGGCAUCUCCUGCUUGCAGCACAGGUGAAAAUAAGCUUACUCUAAAAUUAAGUAACAAGCCAUCAGAAAUGGCUCCAAGCACAAAAAUUUCCACUUUGGAUUUCAAACCAACUGUUGCUUUUGAUUCUGGCAUGUGUGCUAUCAAAGAUAUUAUAUCAGCUAAAUCCUCAGAUGCAUCAAAGAUUACAAAACCAGCUGGUGCAUUUACAGAAAAAGUAGAACUUAGUUCUUCCACACCCAUGAUACAGCAACUAUUAAUGGAGGAAUCUCCUGCUAGGAUGAAUAUCAAGAAAGAAGAUAGGGAUGCUGUUAUGAAAAAGCCUAUGUUAAGCCCAACUCCACCAAAACCAAAGAAAAAGUACAAAAGUAAAACUACCCAACCCAGUAAAACACCCGGCCGACCACGUAGUACUAGCCUGUCAUCACCACAGCCCACUGUGACAGGGUAUGGAGGAGGAUUCAACCCAAAUCCUCUUAUGAAUUCCCAGAUGAUGCCCCGACCUGGCAGAUCACAUUCUAUAUCUCUUCCUUUUAACAGUGAUCCAAGAAUGCCCGUCACUAUGUCAAGUUAUGGCUGGCCACAACAACCACAGCCUCAGUGGAAGCAGCAAAAUUAUCAAUCGUGGCAGCAACAGCAGCAGCAGUGGUCUGGUAAUCAGUGGCCUAAUUACAAUCCACCAUCAGGAGGUAACAGUGGAGACAUGUUAACAAACUCUGGAUCGAUGACCAACAGACUGCAACACAGAUCUUUCAGUGCUGAUGCAGCGCAAUCGCCAUACUAUCAGAACAAUUUACAACAGAAUCAAAUGACUCCCAUUCUAGAUGAGCAGAGUUCUGUACAAGGUAGUACUACUCCACAAAUGCCCAUCAGUGGAGGUCAAGUACCAAUUAGUUCUGGCAACAGUGAGAAACCAUCUCUCUCAAGUCUGUUUCAGUUGGUGUCAGAUGUUGGUUCAGGUACCGAAGACACUGUAUGGGAAAGCCAGACAUCAGCCCUUCCUAGUUUAUUUCUCAACAGCAAUGAGUCAGACACCCCUAAAUCAACAUCUACCUCUGAGCUAAAUCGUACGAGCCCAUCUGUGAAAGAUUUCAUUACCUUAGAAGCUCCUUUCAAACAAGGUUUUGAGAGAACCAACUCUGAAACAGCUGGCAUGACAUCUUCAGAAGAAUCUGAUCGCAUUGAAUCUGACUUUAUAAGUGAUCUCAAGCCUAUUACUCUGAGCGUGGCACAGAGUGUAAGGAACAAUCACCCAUGUCUUGGUAAACAGAGCAGGCUUAAAAGACUUGGAAUUGUUUCAAGAAGUUCUGAGCUAGGUUCAUUUGAAAUUGGUCCCAAUGCAUCAUAUACUUACACUUUUCAUGUGCCUACUCCAGUGUUCAAAAAACUAAAAUUCUACAGAGGUGCAGAGGCAAGGAAGCAUAAUUUUAUAGUGGUUAGAAUGCAUCCAAUGGAUGCACGCCGCUACAGUUUGUUGAAAAUUGGUCGCGAAAUUGUUAAAGUUGUCAAGCUAACUGAAGCAGAGCUGGCCAGGUAUAAUGUUACCUUGCCACCCCCAUCCUAUUUUAUUUCAUCAGAUGGCUCCACCAAUAGGGUGAACCUGGACAUACCU